AUGUCCACAGAGCAGCCUGGCCUGCGCCCAGAUCCUCGGAUCCAACCAGAAUCCCUCUCUGACCUUGGACUCGGGCCACCGCUCCCCUCCCAGGCUAAGGAUAGUGAAGCCGGGAUCCCCACAGCCCAGCCCGCAGACUGCAGAGGCCUCGGGGUUCACGCCGGGUCAGCGGGUGGGCGGCGGGCAGCAGAGCGAGCCGCAGGACCGCAGCUCCGCCGGGGCUGGAGCAGCGGCUUCGGGGGAGAAGACUGGGACGAGGCCCGGCUACCUGCGGGCCGACACCGCCCCGGCCGCCGCAAUGGCUGCACGCCGCCACGGGGCUCCAGAAGCCCCGGCGAGACCCUGGCCACGACCCCUCAAUACCUUCGACCUCCCAGCGGGCCGCGGCAGGUGAUGCGGCAGCCAGGCAGCCGAGCCGCGCAGGUUGGUUGCUUGCCUCCGGCGACCGCGUCCCGGAACCGCCCACUCCCUCCCGGGGGCGCCCGAAGCCGGGACCCUAGGAGGAGGAAAGGCGUGCGAAGCGACGCGACCCAGAGGGUGGGACGGGAAAGGGGAGAGGCGUCCGGCUCUCCGGAGGGGCUGGCCACCGGGAGACGAGGACGACAGAGGCGGCGGGGCGGGCGGGACGCUCGCCUACCUUCCUCGCUCCCGGCCGAGGGUCCGACGCGAGCCAGCAGACCGCCUCACAUCCGGGUAUCGGGAGACACUCAGCUGCUUCUGCCGCUGCCGCUGCCGCCGCCGCCUCCUCUCCCGCGGUACAGAAACGCCAAACUUCCGGCGACGACGGCGACGCCUAGCCCGUCAGAUGGGAGUUACCUGGGACCGUCUUGGGCGCGCUUGCGCAACGCUCUUCUUCUGCCCGAACCCGCUCCGUUGACGUGCCCAGAGCCUGAAGAUGGCCGCCACGCUCGCUGCGUGUCACGCCGUUUUUCACCCCGGCCGGGACGGCGGGGCGUCGGGGAGAGGCGAGCCCGCGUCCGGCCGCAGCGCAGGCGCGGUGGGAGGCCUAGCGUGCGCGCCUCCACGGGUGGGCGCCUUGUACCCUACUGGCGGCCGCUUCCCUUGUUUCUCCACUGUCGUCUCGGAAUAAAGCCACCCACGCGCCCAGCGGUGGAGGUUUAUCUUGAAGAUCUGUUGCCAACGGUUCUUCUGUUGUUGCAGGACUGUGAGGAUGGGUAAAUGAGUCCUCUUGCCUUUGAGAAUCUGAAGAGGUGAUCGUAAGUGGAUUCUCCCCCAUGGUUCUUACUGCCCUCCUUUUUUGAAGCCAAGUCCACCCCAAUAUACCCUCUUAAGUUGCUGAA